AUGAGUGCGACGGCGGCCAUUCGGACGCGGCUGACGAGCGUCAUCGACACGCUCACGACGCCCGUCGUGCUGGGCCCCAUGGCCAAUGUGGCCGGCGGCAGCCUGGCGGGGCGCGUGUCCAAAGCCGGCGGGCUCGGCUUCAUCGGCGCCGGCACCUUUGACGCGGCCACGCUGCAGGCCGAGAUCGAGACGGCACACCAGAUCCUGGGCAUCGACAAGCCGCCCAGAGGCACGGGCAACCGCGUGCACCUGGGCAUCGGCUUCCUCGUCUGGCGCCUGUCGAACCUGAACAAGGGCCCACCCCCUUCGCUAGGUGCGUCGGACCUCGACGCCUCGAGCCCGGCGCUGCACCUCAUCGAUGCGGCGCUGCGGAGCAAGCCGCGCGCCAUCUGGCUCGCCUUUGGCGACGAGGCCGACAUGGUCGGCUGGUCCAGCAUCGUACGUGAUCGCGAGGCGGCCCUCAACGGGGCAGGCAAGGCCGCGUGGGGCAAGGAGCUCAAGCUGUUUGUUGGCGUGGGCAACGAGGCCCAGGCCAAGGCCGCCGUCGAGGACUGCGGCGCAGACGUCAUCGUCGUGCAAGGCAACGAGGCGGGCGGCCACGGUCUGGCUGCGUCGCCGCCGCUCUCGGUCGCGCUGUCGCAGAUUGGGUCACGCAUGGGCGACUGGAAACCAUCGAAUCCCUCUGGGAUCACACCGCCGGUCCUGGCCGCCGGCGGGCUCAUGACUGGCGCCCACCUCGCCUCUGCCUUGGCCCAGGGCGCGGCGGGGGGCGUGUUUGGCACGCGCUUCCUCCUGACGCCCGAGGCGGUGUACAGCGAUGCGCAGAAGCAGGUGCUGCUCGAUGCCGGUGGCGACUCGACGCUGCGCUCCAUGGCCUUUGAUGACGCCCGCAACACCCUCGGCUGGCCAGAGGGCGUCGAUGGACGGGGCAUCUACAGCGACACGGUCCGCGACUUUGAGGCAGCGGCCGAUGUCCCGGGGGGCACGAGCGCCGAGGCGCGGCAGGCGCGCUACAAGCAGGCCGAGGCGGACAAGGACCCAAAGAGGAUCGUGACCUGGGCGGGCACGGGCAUCGGGCUGGGCACCAGAAUCAUGCCGGCCGAGGACAUUGUCCGCGAGGUCUCGCGCGACGCCGCCGACUCCAUCAAGCGCAUCUCGAGCUACGUGUAG